AUGGCGUCGAAGAUGUUAGAACCGCGAGAUGUCACCUUUCGAAACUACACUACCGACCAAGCUUCCGACUACGUUGCGGGACGACUCGGAUACACCGACGCUCUUAUCGACUUCAUUCUCAACUAUCACAGAUCUACCAAUGGAGAAACUGGAUGUGUAUUGGAUGUCGGUUGUGGACCGGGGACUGCUACUCAAAAGCUUGCGCCGCACUUUGAUGUUGCUUAUGGCGUUGAUCCGGGAGAGAGUAUGAUCAGAACAGCUACUGCUCUUGGUGGCAAGACUCGCACUGGCGCUCCAAUUCUUUAUAAGCUGAGCACCGCAGAAGACAUCGACAAGAUCGAUAGUGUUCCUCAUUCUUCUGUCGAUAUGAUAACAGCUGCGACUGCUUCUCCAGGCCCACUGGUUCGAUAUGCCGAGAUUCUGGGCGGCAGCAGCCAAAGUGUUGAAGCCAGGAGGAACUAUCGCGAUAUGGACAGCUCAUUCAACAACAACACCAAACUUCAAUCCAUCUUUGAUGAAUUUCUGGGCUCCCUAGCUCCUUAUUCAGCCGCAGGUACCCAUCUCACUCAAAGUGGUUAUGUCGAUCUGCCCAUGCCUUGGGAUGAUCCUGGUACUUCUGCGCUUUACCAUCAUGAAUCGUCUGCCCGCCACGUGCUCACGGCUGAAGAUGGCUUCAUUCCUGAUCCAGGCAGAAAGGAAAACAUCUUGGGAAGAGCUGGUGAGCCCUUGGACAAACAACUCCAGAGGAUAGAGAGAUUGGUGGGGACAUUCGGUUCAGUGAAUCGCUGGCAGAAAGAGAAUCCAAUGCUCGUGGGGACUGAGGAAGAUCACGUCCGGAUCUUGAUGUAUAAAGUUCGCAAGGUCAUAGAGGAGAGCGGAGAGCCAAUCGAUUUGACAGCUUUGGCAGCCAAGAUGGCUGUUGCCCUGAUUUUGAUAAAGAGGAAGUGA